AAAAAAAAAACAGAACAUCAGGCUCAAGCCCAGUCCGUAUAGCGAUGAGCUGAACCUCUCGUCCUCUUAUAAGAAAUGCGGUUCUAGUUAGGGUUUCUCUACAAACCCUCAGCAACAAACCCUAGAUCAGUACCUGACUGCGGGUCACAGCAUCAAUGGGGGCUUACACAUACGUAUCGGAGCUAUGGAGGAAGAAGCAAUCGGAUGUGAUGAGGUUCUUGCUGAGGGUGAGGUGUUGGGAGUAUCGCCAGCUGCCUUCCAUUGUUCGGGUCAAUCAUCCCACUCGCCCUGACAAGGCUCGCCGUUUGGGCUACAAGGCCAAGCAGGGUUAUGUGGUCUACCGUGUCCGUGUUAGGAGAGGUGGCCGCAAGAGGCCUGUUCCCAAAGGUAUUGUGUAUGGUAAGCCUACAAACCAGGGUGUUACUCAACUGAAGUUUCAGCGCAGCAAGAGGUCAGUUGCAGAGGAACGUGCGGGUCGAAAGUUGGGAGGCCUUAAGGUUCUGAACUCUUACUGGAUCAAUGAGGAUUCAACUUAUAAGUACUUUGAGGUAAUUCUUGUUGAUCCUGCACACAAUGCUAUCCGUAAUGACCCAAGAAUCAACUGGAUCUGCAACCCUGUUCAUAAGCAUAGGGAGCUCCGUGGGCUCACUUCUGCAGGAAAGAAAUACAGAGGCCUUCGUGGAAAGGGACAUUUGAAUCACAAGGCACGCCCUUCUCGCAGGGCAACCUGGAAGAGGAACAACACUCUCUCCCUCCGUCGCUAUCGUUGAUUAUGCUGCAAUCACUUGGUAUCUUGGCACUAUUAUUAUGUCUAUUUUGUUUGAAUAUGACAUUAGGUUUGCUCUGUCAAUGAGGUUGAAAUUUUGAUUUUGAGAAUUCUGAAAUCCUGUUCCAGCUUAAGGGUUUGAACUCAUGAUGUUAAUUUAGUCAAUUCGGAUUUUGUGUUGCAACUGAUAAAUUUGUUUUUCAUAUAGCAUUAGUCAUGAAUUUUCAAGAAUUAUUUGAUAGAA